AGGAAGUAAAUGGUGAAAUCCCUCCAAGAGAUAGCCAAUGUAAUUUAAUUAUCUAUCAUAAUUUAGAAACCAUUGACUGAAUUAUAAUAUGUUGAGUUAUUGGAUUGGUUUGAGGAUUAUUGUAUUUAAUAGGCUAAGAAAUUUUAAUAAUAAAAAAACAGAAGCUUAUUCACCAAAUCAAUACAAGCAAUUAAGAAUGAUCAUGCUAGAGAUUACAAUGAACAUUAAAAUAAAUAACUAUCUUAGCCAGUUUCAAAAAAAGUUAAAGUUAAUGUUGACAAUAAUAAUAAUAAUAAUAAUAAUAAUAAUAAUAAUAAUAAUAAUAAUAAUGAUGUAUAAAAAACAAAAGGAGAUAUAGAAAAUGAUGUUGAAUCUAUGUCAGAAGAGAAUUAAUCAAAUUAAAAGUAGAAUUAAAUUGUAUUUAAUAUUUAGUUAAACUGACUAAUUGAUGUUACUAUUACUAUUAACAGCAGUAAAUCAAUAAUCAAAAGGUAUAGAUACUCAAUCUUAGGUAAAAGUACAUAAUUUAUUUAUUAAAUUUAAAUAGUAGAACAAUAAUAAUAUCAAUGAAAGAUGUAGGUACUUUCCCAAAUGUACCAACAAGCAUUGUUAAUAUAUUCAUCCAAAAAUUAAAGUAGCUAAUUAUUUAAAUAUUCAAUUUAGUGCAAAUAUUUUCCUUAUUGUAGCAAGGGAAAUCAAUGCAUUUAUAUGCAUCAGCAAUGCAAACAUGGGAUUCAUUGCAAAAACCCAUAAUGCAGUUAUGAACAUCCAUACAAUAAAAAAUGAUAUCAUAU